AUGAGAAAUCACCGCAGAAAAAGCCAUCCGCGCUCCCAUGCAAGCGAUCAACCUGUAGUAUCUGAGGUUUACAGAGAACACUAUGCGUGUCUAUACUCAGCCGCAGCGUCUUCGUCACAUCCAAUCUUUCAACGACCUCUCAGACGUUCUUGCGAGUCCAUAUUUACUUUUACGAACGACUUGAAAUCCUCGAGUUCUAAUGCCAGUGCCCUCCAAAUGGAUGCAGACGCUGCCAAGCAGUGGUCGUUGAACUGGCGCCUUCCUCUGAGUGACGAAAAGUGCGUCCAUGUGUCGUUUGGGCGGGUUUCAUCAAAUGCCUUUGUUAUGCAUGAACCACAAGACGUCAUGAGGAUAGAUGCCAAAAAAGAUCUGGGCAUCUGGGUCUCCUCAAACUUGUCCUUCUCACUGCACAAGGAGAAAUUGGCCCAAAAGGCAUUCCGCAUUUUACAGCUGAUCCGACACCCCUUCCCCGUAUUAUUCGCAUGGACUUUCAAAUACUCUAUGGGGCCUAGGCCAUCAGCGGCUAGAGGCACGACGUAUUUUUCUGCAAAACCCUCUGCAGUGGAAAAAUCUUUAACGUCAAAAUGUGAACGACAGCCACUGACCGACAAGAACAAAACUGACCCGGGAAACUUGGGCAAAAUCCUCGAUCCUGUGUAUCAAUCCUUAGAAUGCGAAUUCACUGGCCGGAAGGUCCGUGGUUCGAACCCGACCUCUGCAUCUCGACUUCUGUCCAGUCUCGGGCGACCUGGCAGUAUUCCAGACCUCAUGCUUCCUUCAGCUGGCGUGGCAGCUAGACACCGAAAGGGUACCCUUUCGCUGAACGAUAUAUUUUAUGUUUACACGGUAUCGAAUAGCGUCCGUGUGAUUAGAAAAUGGAUGUUUGUCUGUGCAAUUGGCGUAAAAUAUCCAGCACAAUCAGCUGCGGUAGUUGGGCCAUAUGCUCCACAUAUCGAGCCGUCGACUAUCGAGGAUUUUAUUCUUAAUCCUUCCUCCAGAAUGUCGCAAAUUGAGAGUCAACACGACAUAUUUAUCUCCAUGCCAACUGGUUCUGGCAAAUCCUUGUGUUUCCAGCUACCUGCAGUCUGCCAUCUUGGUGUUGCAUUGGUUGUGUCCCCUCUUCUCGCUCUGAUAAACGAUCAGCUUGCUCACUUGCAACACCUCGGAAUAAACGCCAUAACAAUAAACUCCAAAUUGAAUUCAAAACAACGCCAAAGUCUUAUUGAUAGUCUUUUACAUACUUCACUAUAUUCCCCACAUUUCCCCAAAUUAUUGUACGUUACCCCAGAACAGAUACAGACUGCUUCAUUCUCUGUUCUCGCCAACAGUCUUUCAAAUAAAGAUGCGAUCAGUUAUUUCGUGGUUGACGAAGCCCAUUGUGUUUCGGAAUGGGGCCACGAUUUCAGGCCAGCUUAUUUGGGUCUGGGCAAGGCCCGUCAAACAUUUUUUCCGAAUAUCCCGUGUAUCGCUCUCACUGCCACUGCGACGGCCCGUGUUCAAGAUGAUAUUAUUAAAAGCUUAAAGUUAGGAUUGUCCAGUCCCGGCAAAGGUGGUUUGUCUUCACCGUCUCUCGGCUUCCGGACUUUUAAAUGCGGCGUCUUUCGCCCCAAUCUAUUUUAUGACGUCACUUUCUCUGAUCUUUGUGAAACUCCUCAUGAGGAUGUUUUCAGUUACGCGUCGGCUUGCCUCUCUUGGGACGGAUCAGUAAAGAAGUCCUGGGAUCACAUCGGGUCCGGCAUCGUUUAUUGUCGAACGCGAUCUGACUGUGAACUGAUGGCAAGUAGUUUGAGUGGACGCGGGCUACCCACCCGAGCAUAUCAUGCUGGCUUAACAAAGACAGCCCGCGAAAAUGUGCAGAACGAUUGGUCGGCUGGAGUAUUUCCAGUGGUGGCUGCAACAAUCAGUUUUGGCAUGGGUGUGGAUCGGGCCAAUGUGAGGUUUGUCUUCCACUGGACUCUGCCGAAGAGUAUUGCAUCUUAUUACCAGGAGUCCGGACGCGCCGGUCGAGAUGGCAAACAAGCCUUCUGUCGCAUCUACUACUCAAAGCAGGAAAGAAAUACCGUCAUGUUUCUGACAAAUCAAAGUACAAAUCAUAGAAAGUCCGACUCGAAAAACCAUGCCCACCGUAAGGACGAUUUGGAGAAAAUGGUCAACUUCGUGGAGUCCACUAUUUGCCGUCAUCGACAGCUUGCCGAUUAUUUCAAUGAUGAAUCUCCACGAUGCAUCAAUCGGUGUGAUGUUUGUGUCAAUAAAAACCGCGUGAGCGAUAAUCUUGCCGCCUUUCGAAGUUUAGCGUGGAAUUCAACAACCGAUGUACAGGAAUGGAGCAACGCUUACUUUGAUGAAGAUACUGAAGCUGCUAGUCCCAGCCAGUUAGAAGAAAAUGAACGGAAAGACAGAAUGGCGGUCAUUGAGGAGGAGUUUCGGAAGCGCCGAGCAAAUGCUGAUCGGAGUGACGUAAAGUCUACUUGGGCUGCUGCCCCGGAACAAUCGUCUCUCCUCAAUCCGAAUGAUCGCUCCCUCACCGGGAUCACCGGAAAAGCUCGAGAUCAAACAUUCCAGCUUCUGUUGACUGCAAUGAAAUCGCAUUUUCCUUACGAAGACGACGGUUCUCUAAUCAAAGUCUGUGCUACGGCGGAGUACGCUAUGUUCCAAGAAUCAAAGGUGGCCGCUAUGUACCGCACUCGAAUGGCGAGACUAAUCACUCAAGUUCGACGUGGAGAAACUACACCAGAAAUGGCUUUAGAAAUUGUCCAGGCUAAAGCAAAACAUUUGAAUAAACCACAACCAUCGGAGCUUGAUGAUGUGGGCGUCGUGAAGACUGGACCCAAUGCUUCCACGUUUCCUGGCUCAUCUGUAUCCGAUCGCUCGCAUCAGGAAGCUUCAACGGAGUCUUCUCACUUAGUAAAUGGAGUUGCUCGAACAACUCCUACUCCAACACCUACGGACCAACCCUCCCAGACUUCGAUCAAAACUGAACCCUACGAAAUUCAUUCUUCUCGUUAUGAGUAUUCGGCUAACCAGGAGUCCACUGGCUUUGUGAAAUCAAAGUAUAAUCCUGACGCUGAACCCUGCGGUCAGGUAGCGACGCCGGCCAACUGUGUCGAAAAGCUGGAUACGACGGUCUUUGGUAUAAAACGAUCCCAUGAAAGCGAUGCUGAGGACAUCUCACCUAAAAAGCUGGAAACAAGUAACCCAAAGUUGUGCCGAGUGGAACACUGGAAGCAUGUGGAUCCGUUAACAAAGCAGUCUUCCGUGAAAACGUCACUCGAUUCUUCUCCGUCCAGUACCGAGCACAAGGCAAAUAGCAAAUCAGUUCGCUACUUUUGGGAGCGUCCCUCGUCGAGUACGCAGAAUCUGGAUACUCGGAACAAGGUUAACGCGUCACAGGAGUUGCCCACUGCAAAACUCAAAAUCGAAGUUGCUCAACCGAUUGCGCGCGCUCAGGAAAUAAUAGCGAUCCCGGAUAAUCUCGAAAAGCGAACUCCUAGAAAAAAGGAUUCUGCUUCUUUGGACCGCUCGAGCCAAGCGACCGACACAGCCAAGUUGGUGGUUGCGUCCCUAUCUCGACAUUUUGCCAAAGGACGCUUUCAGUCUAAGGAUGUAUUCAAAAUUGUGGCGAAGGAAUUUACACGACGGCUUCUGGCUAUCGGUCGUUCGUCUGCUGUUCUCGGAGCGUCAUCCAGAAAACUGGAUGCGAUGGUUGACCGAAUAGUUCACUCUGCAACCAAAAAACCCAUAGGAGAUCCAGGUGACAUUGACUGGAGCCAUCUGGGAGAGUAUCUGAAUAACAUAUCUUCAUGA